CACAAAAUUACAAAACAUGUAUAUUUUCUUUCUUUUUCGGAGAUUAUACACACAGAGAGAGAUUCGAGAGUGAGAGCAAUUAGCAGCCAUUCACAAACUGACAGUAUAGCAAUUGUCGCAACGCCGUCGUUGAAGAGAUGGCUGUGGCCAUGGUCUCAGCUGUGAGAGGCGGUCGCUUACCAUCAUUACAUCACCAUCAUCGCCGUCAAAUGAUUCUGAGCUCAUCAUCUUCAUCAUCAAUUACUGGUAGUUGGGGUUCGUUAAGACCAUGGAAGCAGCUCAAUUGCCUCUCCAAUUCAAAGGGCUUCACUCUCUUGGCCCGCUACACACAAGCUCGGGAUCUUUUCUCCUCUCGCUUCCAAGAUAGUAUCCAAGACUUGCCUAAACUGGUCGAGGACAUUGUCCAAACAUCAAUAAGUACAGGUCCACGCGGUGCCCUUAGAAUGGCCCAAGGUAUUCAAGCGUUUAUUGGGGUAGGUGGGGAGUGGCUUGCUGACAUUUCAAAGUCAGCAAACUCAUCUGCUGGAUUACCAACCCAAAUGCAGCUUGGACUGCUAUCCCCCCUUUAUUUGAGGAGAUUGUUUGAGCGCAUGGGGGCAACCUAUAUUAAGUUGGGUCAGUUCGUUGCAUCUGCACCAACAUUGUUCCCAUCAGAAUAUGUUGAGGAAUUUCAGAACUGCUUUGACAGAGCUCCUGCAGUACCCUUCGUGGAGAUUCAAGCAAUCUUGCGUCAGGAAUUGGGGAAACCAAUAGAAAGCGUUUUUGAAUAUGUUGAUCCAACUCCACUUGCUUCGGCCUCAAUAGCACAAGUUCAUGGUGCAAGGCUAAGAGGCUCCCAAGAAGAUGUGGUUAUAAAGAUCUUGAAACCCGGAAUAGAAGAUAUGUUGGUUGCAGAUCUGAAUUUUGUUUACAUUGUUGCCCGCAUUUUGGAGUUCUUGAGUCCCGAUAUAAGCCGUGCUUCAUUGGUUGGUAUUGUGAAAGACAUACGGGAAUCCAUUCUUGAAGAAGUUGAUUUCUACAAGGAGGCUGCAAACAUUGAGUCCUUCAGAAGAUAUUUAGAAGCCAUGGGACUCACAAGGCAGGCUACAGCUCCAAAAGUGUAUCAUCAAUGCAGCACCAAACGAGUUUUAACAAUGGAGAGGCUAUAUGGAGUUCCUCUUACUGACCUAGACACUAUAAGUUCAUUUGUUUCUAGUCCAGAGACCAGUCUCAUAACUGCCCUUAAUGUGUGGUUUGGCAGUUUGCUUGGCUGUGAAAGCUUCCAUGCAGAUGUACAUGCAGGAAAUUUGUGGUUGUUGCGUGAUGGCCGUAUUGGGUUUCUUGAUUUUGGAAUUGUUGGUCGUAUAUCCCCAAAAACAUGGGCUGCCAUGGAAGUCUUUCUGGGAUCAAUCGCAACUGAAGAAUAUGAAUCAAUGGCAUCUGCGUUGGUUGAAAUGGGUGCUACAGACACAAAUGUUGAUUCUAAGGCCUUUGCAAGGGACUUGGAAAAGAUGUUCUCAUCAAUAAAGGAUUUGGAUACAGAAGUAGUCAUAGCAACAGCCAGGGAGCCGGCUACAAAUGCAACUGCUGUCUCUGCUAAUCUGGUUGUUGAUGAGAGACAAAUGAAUGCACUUUUUCUUGAUGUGAUUCGGGUUAGUGAAUCAUAUGGAUUGAAAUUUCCUCGAGAGUUUGCACUACUACUGAAGCAGCUUUUGUAUUUUGAUCGGUACACCCGUUUGUUGGCCCCGAACUUGAAUAUGCUCCAGGACCAAAGGAUUUAUAUUGCUUCAAAUCGAAGAAGCAACUACAGAGACAAUUUCAGGUGAACCUAGAAGUGCAGAUGCAGCUUCCUGUAGUUUGUGUAAAUAUAAAUAAAAGUACUCCGGUAUUGAGAAUUACAUAAGAACAAUAUCGAGAGCAGGAAAAAGAUGUACAAUGUACUUUAGGAAAGCAAAGCAUAUACAGUUUUAGGUAUGGAAUUGGUCAUCAUCAUAUCUUACAAUGUUUUUCUUCACCAAGUAGUGACUGGUGUUUACCAAUAUAGACUUCUUGUUAUUAAUUU